AUGUCGUCGGAAAAUAAUGAUGAACCGAGCCCAUCACCGACAAAAAAAACCAAUAAUAAUAAUACCAAUAAUUCAGAUAGUGAAUCCGAUGUUAAUAAUGAACAUUUAAUUGGAAAUGUACAACGAGUAGCAAUUGUUCCACCGAAUUAUGAAGGAAAACCGAAGAAAGGUCAUUUAAUUUUUGAUGCGUCAUUUGAAUGUGGUAAUUUGGGUCGAAUCGAUUAUGUAAAUGAUUAUGAAUAUGAUUUAUUUAUUCGACCUGAUACAUGUUGUCCUCGUUUUCGAUGUUGGUUUUUAUUUACUGUUGAAAAUGUCAAAGCUGAUCAAAGGGUUAUCUUUCAUAUUGUUAACUUUUCCAAAGCUAAAUCUUUAUAUCGUGAUGGUAUGACACCAUUAGUUAAGUCGACUAGUCGUAAACGAUGGCAACGUUUACCAACAAGAAAUGUAUUCUAUUAUCGUUCUCCUGAUCAUAGAAAAAAUUAUGUUAUGUCAUUUACAUUCUGUUUUGAUCGUGAAGAUGAUGUUUAUCAAUUUGCAUAUUCAUUUCCAUAUACAUAUACAAAACUUCAAAAUUAUCUUGAAAGUAUUGAUCAACGUCAAUUCGAUUAUUUUCAACGUCGACCAUUAGUUUAUAGUGUGCAAAAACGUCGACUUGACCUAUUAACUGUUGCUAAUCCAGCAUUAUUAGCCAAAGGUCGACGAAAAAAAGUUGUAAUUGUUACAGCACGUGUACAUCCCGGUGAAACACCAUCAUCAUAUGUUUGUCAAGGUUUUAUUGAAUUUAUAAUAAGUGAUCAUCCAAUUGCACAAUUACUUCGUGAUAAUAUUGUGUUUUAUAUUGUUCCUAUGCUUAAUCCUGAUGGAGUUUUUCUUGGUAAUCAAAGAUGUUCAUUACUUGGUUUUGAUCUUAAUCGUGUUUGGCAUGAUCCAUCGAUUUGGGCACAUCCAGAAAUCUAUGGCAUAAAAACACAUAUUAUGAAAUUAAAUGAAGAUAUGGAUUUUGAACUUGAUUUUUUUAUUGAUAUUCAUGCACAUUCAACAAUGAUGAAUGGUUUUAUGUAUGGAAAUGUUUAUGAAGAUGCUAAUCGUUUUGAAAAACAUAGCUUUUUUCCACGUUUAUUAUCUCGUAAUGCAGAAGAUUUUUCAAUUACUAGUACAACAUUUAAUCGUGAUGCAUUAAAAUUUGGAACAGGACGACGAACACUUGGUGGUUGUUUACAAGACAGUACACAUUGUUAUACAUUAGAAGUUUCGUUUUUUUCAUAUCAAACAUCAACUACUUCUCAAGCGGUACCUUAUACAGAAGAAUUAUUGUAA